AUGGGCGAAGGUAAUUUAAGUCAACAGCGUGCUGUUUCUUUGUUGCAAGAAGCGACAGGAUUGAUCAGAAAAUAUCCUGGAUCAUCAAAUGAUGCUUCUUCAGCACAAGUUGCGAGUCCAAAUGUAAUUUCUCAAAGCGAAUCGCAUGCUACUACGUACAUCAUCUGGCAGCACUGCCGUCAAUACAUCAAAUCCAGAAAGAGUGUUGUGGAAUUUUAGAAAUCUUUUUGCGCCGUAUGGGCAUACUGGUCGCCGAUGUCUAAGUUCCUCAACACAGUUGUUUCCAAUACGUCUACAACACUUAUAUUUCUGUCUUGUUGGAAUUACAAUUUCCCGCUAAACCGGAAGUCGAGUUUUGGUUUCUGAGUGCCAUGCCGAACCGGAAGUCGAAUUUUGGUUUCUGAGUGCCAUGCCGAAUGACUGUUUCACGCCGAAUGAAAUUUCAAUAAUGACUGUUUCACGCCGAAUGAAAUUCGAAUAACAUAAUAUCGAAUAUCAUAAUAGCAUAACUGAACUUCAUAAAUGCAAUUUCCAAUUGCAUAAUUGAAUAUAUGAAUUUUGGCGCAUAUCACACCUCAUAUUUGUACACAUGAAAAAUUCAUCAUUAUCUACCACCCUGAACUUUGUUCUUUAAAUUCAAGAAGUGAACUUUUGUCGAAAUGCAGACAUAGAAACAAAUUUCUCUUAAGCAAUAUACAUUACUUAAUAUAAUCUGUAUAUAUAUGUAAUCUAUACGUAAUUUAAUACUUGAACAUUCCGUUUACGUCAAACAUGUAGGCUAUAUAGUAUAUAUAACCUUGGCAACAACAUAGCGCGACAUUUAAAUUCACCUGAUGAGUGUGGCAAGCAUUGCUUGUCAUACGAAACAAGUUUGUAGUGAAUAAAUCUUAUGAAGUAAACCAGGUUUAUUUUAUCUUUAUCUAUCUAUCUAUCUAUCUAUCUAUCUAUAUAUAUAUAUAUAUAUAUAUAUAUAUAUAUAUAUAUAUAUAUAUAUAUAUAUAUAUAUAUAUAUAUAUAUAUAUAUAUAUAUAUAUAUAUAUAUAUAUACAGAUAUAUAUAGAUAUAUAGAUAUAUAGCUUUCUUACAUUUCUUACACCCCUUUUCCCUCACUAACGGCAUGGUUUUGAUGUCCCACAAUCGUGAGGCAUCAAAGGUAACUGUAAAUAGCAGUUACUUUCAUCCUGCUCGUCAGCACUACACUGAUGAGGCCCAUAAGGCCGAAACGGUACCGUCUGUAUAUAUAUAUAUAUAUAUAUAUAUAUAUAUAUAUAUAUAUAUAUAUAUAUAUAUAUAUAUAUAUAUAUAUAUAUAUAUAUAUAUAUAUAUAUGUACAUAUGUCAGCGUGUCAAGUGUUGCGCAUGAGUAACUGAAAUAUUUAACAAUUAUACCAUGAGCUCGAGUCGUAUAUAUGAGCUGAUAGCAAUAUACGACGAGAGCGAAUGGUAUAAUUGUUUUAUAAUAUAGUCUAAUAGCCAUUAACUGAAGCAAUAAUUAAUUAUCCACUGUUACAAUGUCUUCACAAUUUGUUCGGCCAAAAACCGCUUGGCCUUGAUAAUUUGAAAUACUUUUGUUUUACAACUCGAAGACGAAGUGAAAGAAAUGGUUUUAGAACCGGUAUAUCUCACAGAAAAGCUCAGAUAUAUUAUAGGCCUACAGAUGUUUGGUAGUAUAGUAUAAGUGCUUGUUGACUGCAAAUUCAUUUCUCUUUCGUUGCAAACUUUUCCGAACAAUUUAUAUUCUCAAUGAACAUUUUUUUUUUCGCUGUUUCGGUGUUAAUUCUUUAAAAAACUUGUAUUUAUAAACUAAUUUCUAUGUAAUAAAUGUAUUUUGCCAACCUGUCAAUUUUUUUUGAGAGUUUUUCCUUGUACUAAUAUCUUUCUCAAAGCGAAUAUUUUCCUUUUUCCUGCUCCGCAAAACUCAUGUAGUUUUUCGACCGCCAUCCUGUUUUUCGCUACUCGCCGUAUAUGAGCUGAUAUACGGCGAGUAAUUCAACCAAUCAGAUUGCAGAACAGCUCAUAUACGGUGAAUGGCAAGUGAAUGAUUAUAUUAUAAUUUGUAAUAUACGAUCCGGAGGUUUAUCAAUUUCCCGUGGCUUUCGUCGAGGCUUUCGCCUAGCCUUCGGUUUCAUUAGGAUUGCCCAAAACUCGAGAUUUCCGCUGUAUUUAACGGUAAAAACAUACGCAUAUGAAUUAAAAGCAUGCAUGUUAUUAAAGACAAGCAAGAAACGAGCUUCAAAACAGUAAUUUAGGAGAAGAAAUUGACCGAAAUCUCACCGAGUUAUCAGUUAUGGCCAUGCUAUUGGAAGCUUAACGAAGUCCAGGUCUUUGAAGCUCUUAAUUAACUAUCUUUAAAAAAAACAAGACAGGGACAAGAGAAGUUAUAUUUCUUCGUUUUCAUAUCAUUCAAAGCCGUAAGAAUCUCAUCUUGCCGGAACAAGCUUCGCAUGUAGGAAUUUGUAUUGUCUAUAACGCGCAUCGAAGGAUUUUCACAGAGCAUUUUGCAAUUUUUCACGCUUCUUGUUAACUAAUUCACUACGAUCUCGCUGGUGAUUUUGAAUUUCUGAGGGACAAGUUUUGUCGGCAUCGAGACAGCACAAUUUUAGACUGAGUUUGUUUGCUAGCAUUUGUUGGACCCGCGAAUUCGAUCUUCGCAUCUCAGGAAUCGUAUUGUCAUUGCUGUAUUAGAAAUACAAUUUACUAUAAAUAUUGGGAUUCAGGCACGGGUGAUCACUUAGUGUUGCGUACUAAUCAUUAUGUCGCUCGUUUCUGGCGGCGGCUAUGUAUAGUAUUGCUUUGCGUUAUUUUCUACAAUAUACUGUACCAAUCGUAUUAAAAACUCACGGGAAACACAAUAUAAAUCAAUGUUUAGGCCCCAGUUUCACGAAACCGUAACAUCAACAUAUGCCGUUCGGGUGUAAUGUCCACAAAAUAGUUCUCCCUUUAAAGGCCUGAUUCCACGAGCGCUUUUUCUCGGCGAAAUGCGAAAUAUUUCGCCUGUUUCUUUUGAAUUAUGAGCAAUCAAGUAGAAAUAAUUUAUUCGACUAGUCGCAAUUCAAAAGAAACAGGCGAAAUAUUUCGCAUUUCGCCGAGAAAAAGCGCCCGUGGAAUCAGGCCUUAACAGUUUUCGUUUUAUUUUCUCAUAUUUCCGCAAUUUUGAGUAUUAAGAUAUUCCUGAGUUUCAUUAAUGUUUAAAACAUAUGAGCAGCAGUGUUUAAUCAUAUGUAAAGGUCUGAUAAAACGCACUCUGCGAAUGUUUUAAAUUGCUUCAAAAACGAUCGAUCGAGUAAGUUCAUUGGCGAAGAGGUAAUUUUCGAAAAAUACGUUGUGUAUCCGGAGAAAAUCAAAGUUAAAGUUUAUGUAAAUCAAUGGAAACCUCUAUCACAUCACAGUUAAUAGAAUACAUGGUUUGGAGACUCGAUGAAAGUACAAUCAACUCAUUAACUAUGUUGGUUCCAAUCUCGUUCCCCGAGCAUGCCCGUUCGCAGGUUAAGGGUGGGCAUAGCUCUGGAGAAAUCGAAUCGAUUCACGUUGAAUUUCCAACGUGAGUUCUACGCAUGCUCGGCAAUGUUGCAAAAUGUAAAUAAAGUAUUUAGAAUUUCGCGUCGAAAGUUUGAUACAUUUUACACUGAAAUUGAAUUGAAAACAACUAAAAAUUCUGGGGGAAAUAUGUACGAAAGCUUCGGUUGGAUAGGGAUACAGCUACCUGAAAAAUACAAGGAGAACUUCGACUUUUCGAGCGAAGGCGCUUCGACCUGUGCUGUUUAGUGUUUGUAUACAUCGUACUUGACCUUUGCUGAUACAUAUAAUCUCCUCAAUAAUAAGUAUUAUAUAUUUUUAUGCUUUAAAAUUUACAUUUAACUCUUCUGUCAGAAUUUAUGGUAUACGUAGUGUUAGGUAUGACAGUAUAUAAAAGGUCAAGUACGAUGUAUACAAACAUUAACAGCACAAGUCGAAGCGCCUUCGCUCGAAAGUAGUCGAAACGUCGAAGUUCUCCUUGUAUUUUUCAGGUAGUUGUAUCCCUGUCAAUCCGCAGCUUUCGUACAUAUUUCCUCCAGAAUUUCUAGUUGUUUUCAAUCGAUUUCAGUGUAAAAAGUAUCAAAUUUUCGACGAGAAAUUCCAAAUACUUUGUUUAUAUAGAACUCACGUUGGAAAUCCAACGUACUAUCUGUCGUUAGCCAAUCACAGGCCUGAAUCAAUUCGAUUUCUCCAGAGCUAUGCCCACCCUUAACCUGCGAAUGGGCAUGCUCGGGGAACGAGAUUGUGUUGGUUCCGGUUUAUGCAAGAAUUUGGACUUUUCCCGCAUAACCAAUAACAAUGUUUAAAUUGAGCAUUUGUUCAAGUUACGGAUGGAUAACUCAACCACAAACUUGUUAUUGGUUAUUUGAGCGAAAAUACAAUACACACGUGACGAGAUAGGACCAAAUUCUUGCAUAAAGCUGGACAAUAACAUAAUUAAUGAGUUAUAUUGUACUUUCAUCGAGUCUCUAAACCAUCUAUUAAAAUAACUGUGAUCACAUAUAUAGAUACGACAUGAUUUUGUAAUCGGAUUAAUUAACGAUUCAUGAGGAAAAUACAAAGAAAAAUUUAUUUUUAUUUUCCUCAUGAAUUACUAUUUUUUUUAAGAAUUAAUUAAAAUUAAUUAAGUUUUUGAAGAACCGUUAAAUUCGAUGUUCUGACAAGCGAUUAAUUCUGUAUUGCGUUAUAUCCUAGAAAUUCUUUUCCUAGAAUUUUGACAAAAUCGUAGAAGUGUUUCCCGAAAAUGUUGUCGACGGGGGGGGGGGGAGGGUUGUCAAAAAGUUUCCCGAACUAACAAACCAAACCUUCAAAUUAUUUUCGAUCAACAUAAGCAAGGCUUACAAUUUUUCCGGGCAAACACACCCAACGCUUAAAAAUUGUUAAAAUUGCGAACGUGAUUUCAUAACUUUGAGCAACUUUGAGCAUCUUUUAUCUCAGACUUUGACCAAAUUUUACCAACUUUGACCUUCAACUUUAAACAAAUACGUUCCAUUUUGACCAACUUUGACCAACGUUUUGAAUUAUUGGGGGCGACGUCUCUGAGCAGCAUCAAGCUUUACUGCAUACAAAAAAUAUAGAUAAUUUUGUAUAUGUACUUGAAGUUGCGGUUAGAGCUCGUAGCUCAGUUGGUUAGAGCACCACGCCGGAAUCGGGGGGUAGCAGGUUCGAUUUCCACCUCAGGACCUAUAGUAUUUUUCGCAACUGCUCUUGGUCUGGUCUAAUUAUUGUAUAAAAAUCAUACUCGCAAUUUCCGUCUACAACAACCUUUCUAUAAAAAACCGUACUAGCUGUUCCACAAAAGUAUUCCACCAUACGCGCAUGCUUUUGAUCCCAUUCGACAGCGUGCUUUAUUUUUUACUUUAAGGUGGCUCCAUACACUUUUCAUCGUUGGGGGACUGGUACUUAAUUUUGAGUUUUCGCGCGAAAAUGUUAAAAAUAUAUGCAAAAAUAAAUACAACUUUUUCAGUCUAAAGUCCGAACCACAAGUCAUGUUUAUUUUGAUAUUUUGUGUCUUCCUUGUUCUCAUUUGUUCUCAGAGAACAAACUUCGUCCUGAUUUAGCUCUGAACAUUGAAUAACUAGUCUUUUUGGAAGAUAUUUUAAGGUAAAAAAUGCAAUGUUCAGCGUUCAAACUCUUGUGAAAACCGGCGAUCGGCCCGACUGGCGAAAAGUUUUUUACUCCAAUAUUUGGAGAUUUAUAAGUUCAUAUCCAGAGUUUUUUUGUACUUACAACUGGUAAAUGUGUUCAAAGUGUUACUAACAGCAACGGAAUUCGGUGAAACAGCAUCAUGCGCCGGCUCAAACUGUUUUAACUUGUCAACAACAACAUGAAAACACACAAGUUACGACUGAAAACGAAUAUAAAACUAUGUAGAAAAGCCAAGAAGUUCAUACAUGUCACACAUAUCUUAUACCAAGCGACCGACAAUCACCUGUUUUCUUGGCGUUAUCCCGAGUUAGCAUGCAAAACUAAAUAUAUUUGCAUUUCUAAGCAAGAAAACACAAUAUAUAUUUGAUAUUUCCACGAGAUUAAAAACUAUUUUGUGCGUAUUUUUCUGGAGAUGCGUCUGCGAAAACAUGUACGCGCAUGUCAAUUCAUUGAUCUUGCAGAGUGUGAAAAACUUUGGGCGCGCGGAAUAAAACCGUGGUUAUUUCCAAAACGAGUUCGGUAAGGUACCCUGAAAAUUUGUACAUGAGUAGAUACAUACUUCAAGAUUUCAUGAUGGAAAAAUAACAGAAACUGUCAAAAAAGUUGAAAUUUAAUUCUGAAGAAUUGAGUCGACAGAUUUUUUUUAAACUUCCCAGAAAUGUUUCUCGACACUAACGUAACUGAUUUAUUAAAAAAAAAUUUGCGUCACCAAACUUAUUUUUGAAAAAACUCGAAAAACUGCGAUAUUUUCGGCUAUUUAGUGUUACCAUUAUUCGUUAUAGUUGUCAUGGAAACGCGACUUUUAUCAGAAUUCUUCUUGUUUGCGACACGUCUUACUGUGUGUUACAAUUAUAAGUAAAACUUAACCCUGUAAAAGCAUUUAAACAGAAAAUAUUCAACUUUUGCUCCUUUGGCUAAAAAGUGUAUUGAGCCAACUUAAUGUUACUUCUUAUUUAGAAUAUGACUGUGUCGACCCAAUUCCGCUUGGUUUGGAGAGUAACUUAAUCGUGAAUUCUCAGUUAAAGUCGUCAUCCGAGAAAGAUGAAACAACACGAGCUAGAAAUGCUAGACUCAGGCUGAAGCCGGUAAAUGGUGAAAGAGUCGGUGCAUGGAUGGCUUCAGCUGGUGACGGGAAUCCUUGGCUUAAAGUUGAUUUUAAGUCCAAUGCAACUGUAAGAGGAAUUACUACCCAGGGUCGAUAUGAUGAACCUGAGUGGGUCACCAGUUAUGAAGUGUCGUAUAGUAUUGAUGGAGUAACUUUUGAUACGUAUGAAGAGAAUGGACAAGUUAAGGUUAGUUAAAUAUCGUUAAUCGUGGAAAGUGAAUUUUAAUUUAUGAUCUAUAGGCGGGUUUCAUUCACCUGAUACGCUUCGUGGUCAACUCUAAAUGGAACCACAUUUAUUGGAUCGAGUUAAAUAUUCAUUUUAUAAGUAUUGAUCUUGUGUUUGGUAUCAAAUAUAUGCAGUUUAACGAAAUUUACUUGCUUCCGCCAGGCAUGAAGCGGCAAUAUGUGUAAAGUUGACCACCAAGCGUUUCCCUGUUGUAUAAAUCUUGAGUGAAGCGCACCUACACUGUUGGAAAACCUUGCGGAGUUGCAGCACCAUGGCAUUCAGUUCUGCCAUGGAGCCUGAUUUCUUUUUUUUUUUUUUCCUUAACUGUAUGAAAUCUUAACCCCCCACCUCGAAUAGCUAUUGCUAAAUGUGGGAGGGUAAAUGGCUGUUAAAUAUAUACUUAUUAAUUUUAAUAAUAAAAGUUGAAGUUGAAUAUUUACCAGGUGGGAACUGAUGUCUGCCAUUGAGCUGUGUCGGAGGGGUUGAGAAAAUGUGUUCCUCAAGCAUGACUAUAAACCUGUUUUCGUAUCAGUAGAUCGUAAAUUAAAAGUUAUUUUCCACGACGAACGGUGAUGAAUUGAGUUGCUGCAUGACGGAGCAUUUUCAUUGUCUAUACCAAUUUCUCCUGAAGAUCCUUGGGCAAAUUAUUUUGUAUAAGGCCUAUAACCGAUUAUGCUUAUAUCAUGGUUUUAAAAGUUUUCAAACGUCCUUUUUUGUAUUUGAUGGCUUUAUUUCAAUAUUUUAAUGAGUUUUAUCCACAACUUUUAUUCAGUGGCCGGUUGUUCGAAGCUAAGUUAGAGCUAAUCCUGCCGUUAAAGUUUUUAACCCAUUGAUUUGGUUUUGUGUCUUCAGUGCGUCGUGUAAUUUUCCAAACUUCAGGGGCUGGUUGAUCAAAGCUGGAUUAACGCUAACCCUGGGUUAAAAUUUAAGCUGCUGUUUUGGUUUGUGUCUUCGUGUUUAUUUCAAAACUUCAGAAAAUAAAACUUCUAUUGAUCGAGACAAGAUUUCUGGGAAAAUAUUUCCUUGUUUAUAAAUAAGUCGUUGGGAAGAUUAUUUGAAGAUUUUGUUAAUCCAAAAUUAACUGACUUUUGAAUAACUGGCCCCAGAGCUCAAAAGUCCAAAAGUCGAAACUCUUAUAUUCUCGGGUUUCAUGUGAUGGUACGCGGGAGUCAAAGGUUUAUCUCAAAGAUAAAGGAUGGCUUUUAUAUUGUUGACUUUUAUAAUAGCCGGAGAACACAUCUACAUAAGAUGCGUUGAUUUCGUUUCUUUGUUGUUUCAGUUGACCUCAGUUCACUUGAUCAUUUACUUUGACAACAUCACAUUAAUGAAGUGCAAUACUCUGCAAAGCUGGGUUUUCUAAAUUAGUUCCAAAUAUGGAAACAGUUGUUCCAGAGCUUUUUUAUCGUUUUGCCAACAGUAUAUGCAUCCCCAUACCAUUGAGGGCAAGUCGACGUUUUCUCAAACUCUUAUAUAAGAUUUCAAAAUAAAAAUUUCUAGUCUCUCACGUCAUCAAACUCGAAAAGGUAAUUAAGCUUUUCCAUAAUACAACUAUUAUUUAUUAUUCUAUUUCCCGACAGGUUUUCUCUGCUAACUUCGACAGUAAUUCUACUGUUAAACAAUAUCUUGACCCACCAAUUUUUGCUCGUUACAUUCGUCUUCAUUCCAAGCAAUGGUCCGGAAGUUGUGCACUGCGUGCCGAAUUUCACGGUUGUUAUGAAGGUAUGUAUUCCUGCCAACUCUAUAAAUACAUUCCUGCCAACUCUAUAAAUAAAAGUCCCUAUGAUUGACUGAAACCAACAUGGCGGCCAAUAGAGCAAUCUCUUGUAGGUUGAAAUACGUGUGGAAUUGUGACGUCAGCAAUAGUUUUCAUAUCCUAAAAUGACAAUCGUAUGCGAAGACCCAACAACAACAACAACAACAACAACAACAACAACAACAACAACAACAACAACAACAACAACAACAACAGCAACAGCAACAGCAACAGCAACAGCAACAGCAACAGCAACAGCAACAGCAACAGCAACAGCAACAGCAACAGCAACAGCAACAGCAACAGCAACAGCGGCAGCGGCAGCGGCAACGGCAACGGCAACGGCAACGGCAACGGCAACGGCAACGACAACGACAACGACAACGACAACGACAACGACAACGACAACGACAACGACAACGACAACAACAACAACAACAAUUUAUUUGUACCCCAAAGAAAAAUACUAUUACACUAUUACAAUUCACUUAGUAUAAUAUAUCAAAUAUAUGUACUGGCUACCCGAAAUAACCCAGUGCACUUGUUUCAAAAACUUGAAUCAUUAUUAAUUAAACUAAUCAUAUACAUUACUGGAAAUACAUGCUUACGUACACGUCGAACAACACAAUCGCCUUGGUCUAUUGACUAGAAAAUACACUAUACAUGCAGAAACCUUCGCCUUACUGACAAAACCAUUUUAUUUUUCGAACAUAAAGUAUCUAAAGUGGUUGUUAUGGUAUCACGAUAAUUUUACUAAGAAUAUCUUUACAAUUGAAAAAUCCCCUAAAAAUAUCACUUUCACAACCGCUUUUAGGAACGCGAAUAGAACGCAUUUUGGAACGAAUUCCGAACGUGUUUUCUGUUAGGUUAUUUCUGAGCAGUACUGUAUAACUUGGCUUAAGCGAGUGAAGAAAUUCAUCGCCACUAUUUCCUGCGCUUGGUCACAGAGUAGAUAAGACAUACAGAGACGUAACUGACCGUUGUAAACACUGCGGAAGAUUGCGUUAUCAUGUACCCACUUUUUUUCAGGCGACCGGGCGAAAAAUGAUCAACUGCGCGUGCUCAGCAAGUUUAAAGUGAGUCGUCAUCAGGUCGUCAUCCAAUCAGAUGCAUGCAUCUAGUAACUUGCCGAGCAUGCGCACAAAAAAGUGGGUACACUAGUUACGUCUCUGUAUGUCUCUACUCUGUGGCCUGGUGGUCCAAAAACCACAAACAAUAUUCGGUAUAAUACAAAUUAGGAAUUUCUAACUGACACCAUAUGGACGGAGGCGAAAAACAGUUCUCAUUAAUUUUUUUCUGAAAUUAAUUUCAACCAAAGUAAUCACUGCCGUGUUGUAUACAAGACUAGCAGUUUUACAAAGUAUAAAUAUAAUAUUCUUUUUGACUUUUUGAGAAAUUAAUGUGAAAAAUAUCGAAUUUUUUUAUCAGUGAAAAUAAAGUAAUCUGAUUGGUUAAGGCCCGCUCUGAAACGCAACUGCCCGCUGUGAAAUGCAAUUCAUGUCCCCUCUAAUUUUUGCGCCAAAAACAGAGGGACUAAAAAUCUGGAAAAUCUGCCGAAAACGUAGCCUAACGAUAGUCAGAAUCGGGGCCGUUCCAAGACUGGUAAAUGGGGGGUGGGGAGGGUGUAUAAUAUUUUAUAUAUUCAUGUUCACAUACCGUAAAAACCAUCGCUUUCAAAAGAAAUCCGCCGGGCAGAACACGAAUAUAUGAAUAUACAACCCCCUAAUUAUCGGGCUAGGAACGGCCCUGGUCAGAAUACGAAAAUGGAUUACAUCAUGAUCAAGCCAUAAACAAUUUAUACUAAGCACAAUGUGCACCAGAAGUGGCAGUAUUAUAUUAAAAAAAAGCGUAAUAUUUUCGAAAAAAAGCUGCCAUAGCCGACAGCAAAAAAACAUUUCCUCAAUUUUCCCGCGUUUAUUCCCGUUUCCUAGGAUACGUGACCUCAUCACGAUUUAUAUAUAAGGUCUAUAUGUACAUUUUUGCUCAAUCUAUAUGUUUUUUGUGUUUCUUGCCAGUUUCCUCGAGUUUUAAUUCGUGCUCAUGCAUGGUACACAAACGCACUGAUGUUAAAUUACAGUAGUUUGCAUGCAACACUGGAAUUUUAAUGAAUUUAAUUUUACAUUUGUUAAAAAAUAAACACGUUAUUUACCGGCAGCGAAUGUAAAAUUAAAUUCAUUAAAAUAAUAAAAUUCCAGUGUUGCAUUCGAACUAAUUUAAAAUCAGGGCAGUUAUGUAGGGAGAUGGACGUUUUCAAGACCGAGGACACAGUUUUUCUCAUCUGGACCUCGCAGCCGGUGAAUAAAUAACAUAUAUUUAUGUUACAUUAAAUUAUAAGCAAACAAUCCUCAUUAAAUGUUGUUUCGGGAUGUUUACAGCAUCGAAUCGGGGGAGAAGGGGAUGUGCAUUAAUUUUUCAAUAUUCACAGGAACGGUCCCAUGCGUUUGGGUCCAAGUUUUCAGUGUUCGAAUUGGUUAAUAGCAUUAGCUAAUUUUGGCAAAUUAUAGAGAAGCGUAAUUGCGAAUUAAUUUCGAAAUUUGUAGCUGCACAGAUUAUUGUUACGAAUUCCUUAGAUUCUGGAAAAAAAUUCUUAUAUACUGUAAAAUCUCCUUAUAUAUUGGUCGAGUAAACAACUUUGUAUUAAGCAAUAAAUCUUGUGCGUGCAAGAAACACUGCGCCGCCCGAAAACAGUUUUAUUUCUUGAUUUGGAAUUAGUUUUAUGGUUCUGAAAACGUUCUGCGCAUGGCUUACAUUACAAUGGUCGGAACCCGACCAUUGGAAUGUUAUUAAUAUUUCGCACCUUCCAAACUUUCUUGAAUCGAAUGUCUAGUCUGCAUUCAUUUACAAGCAUAGCGAAACAUGCAGAAGAGCGUCAAAAAUUCAGUAUAAUUUAUAUCUAUUAAUCUACAACUAUAGCACUGAAUUCAAAAUGUAAAAAAAAGCGUUUGUUUACAUUACGGAUUUUACAUGGCCUUUAAAGAAACUAUUUCCUAUUAAAAUAAACUAAUUCUUUUGAAACCCAUUUCUGACAAACCAUCCAUUUUAACACGUUGGUCAAAUUUAGCAAAAUUUCUCCCACUUGUGCGGGCUCGUAUUGUCAGCGGACAUCUUACAAAAAGUGGCAGUUCUUUGAAAAUGCAAAAGUUUCAAUUUUUCACCGCAAGUCCGCUGAAAAUGCAAGCCUGCGGCACUGGGAGAAAAUUUGCUGAAUAUGACCAGCGUGUAAGGUCUCACACCAAUAAAACAACUUAAUAUGUUUUAUGAAUCUCAAUUUGGAUCGGUCUAGCUUUCCAGAUCACCGUUUAUGCAAUAGCCCCAGUGACUAACGCUUAAUAGAGUGUCUUGUUGUACAAGCUCUUCCCAGCAGUGACCUUUCUUUUUCAGGUUGUGAAAAUGCAACAUCAUUGGGUAUGGAGAAUGGCGCUAUUCUUCACAGUCAAGUCACAGCUUCUUCUACAGCCAAUUUUAGAAAUUCUCCUCCCUUAGCCAGAUUAAACUUACAAAAAACGUCUACAUAUGAGGGAGGUUGGCUCGCAGGUGGUAACGACCUUUAUCCAUGGCUUCAAGUAGAUUUUCUCCAAUAUGCAAAAGUCACCGCUAUUAUAACCCAGGGUCUUCAAACGACUACUGCAAAUUUUGUGCACAAGUUCACGGUAUCCUACGGCAACAAUAAUGAAAAUUUUCAGGAGUACGAGGAAUUUGGAAUUGUUAAGGUAAACAAAAAAGAACUGUCUGCUCCCAUCAACCGCUAUGUAUAUGUAUAUAAGGAGAACAUUUUCUCGAGUGAGAAACAUCAUAAUUUUCCCACAGCGCGCAAGCAGAAAGCUCUGUCCGGCGUGGCUGGGUUGCAAAUCCGUGAACUUCGAAUUACUAGAUCGAUGCUCUACCAACUGAGUACCAACCUCGUUCCCAGGGUCUUCAGGAAAGACCCUGGUAGCGGCUGUUCACGUGCCUUGUCCAAAAUUCAGCGCCCGAGCGCAAACAGAACGAUGUUGUCUGCCGCGGCUGGGUCUUGAACCCGCGACCUUCGAAUUACUAGAUCGACGCUCUACCAACUGAGCUACACGGUCAGACGGAUUAUAUAUAUAUAUAUAUAUAUAUAUAUAUAUAUAUAUAUAUAUAUAUAUAUAUAUAUAUAUAGUUCAAAAAUAUUAUAUAUAGUUCAAAAAGGCAUUAAUAAUUCAUGAGAAAAACACAAAGAGAAAUCAUAAGCGUGGCGUGUCUUUAUAUGUGGUAAAACACGCUUCAAAUUUCAACUUGUAUUUUCUCAGUUAAUUCUUGUAUUUUCUCUUAAUUCUCUUAUUUUCUUUUUUUAUUUUUACUCGUAGUUCGUGUUUUAUCACAUAUAUAAAACAUUCCGCUACGCGUCGUGUUUUAUAUGUGAUAAAACACUCCUACUCGUUUAUUAAACAGUACAUAAAUAUACUUCUAUAUAUAAAUAAAGAUACUUCAUAAGAUUUUAUUCACUACAAAGUUAACUUGUUUCAAACAAAACGUUUGUGCUAAAAUCUUAUGAAGUAUUCGUAAACAAGGUUUAUUUUAACUUUAUCUUUAUCUUUAUCUUUAUUAGCUCUAUUCUUCAGUAUAUCGAGCACUCUACUCAUAUAUGAUUCUAAAUACAUGUUUGGUAUAUAUAUAUACAUAUUAUUUUGAGGUAAAACGAAUAUAUAUGAUAAGUGCAACGACUCAACAAUAAGUUAUCUGAUGGGUGCCACAUCUUGUGGGACGAAACUAAUAGUAAUAAAGCCGGAUGCCUAGUAAAAUUUGUUGAGUCGUUGCACUUAUCUAAUAGUUAUACUCUGGAUAUCCAUUGAGCACUCUGACAAAUGUAUAAUUAUAUUCUGUUUUACUGUCUUCGAAUAUUUUCACAUUUUGUCUUCAUUUGUUUAUAUUUUAUUUACAUUAGUGAGACUAGAAUUAUAACAAACUGCAUAUAAUCUCUAUAUAAAUCAACUGGUAAAAGUAAAUAUCUCAUGAUGAAUUUUACACGAAUAAGCGUAUAAUUAUUUAUUCCAUGUAUUCCAUGAUAUCUUGGCAGACUAUUAUGCUGUCCUUACUGGUGAGUAUAAUUAUAGACUCAGUGGCUUACAUCAAAUGAACUGCAGAGUCUCGAAAACGAUUUAUAUUUAAUGAGUUGAAUGAAUAAAAUGAUUUAGUUAUUAAUGAGUUGUUUACCUUUUUCCUUAAACAUAAAUGUCGGCGAUUUUAUCCAUACACCAAUGAUCUCUUUUCUAGGUGUUUACUGCUAACUACGAUAUGGAGACUACAGUCAAACAGCGUUUAACUCGUGUAAUUUAUGCUCGUUUCAUUCGACUAAAACCGACACAGUGGGAAUUGGCGACUGCAGGGAUGAGAGCGGAGCUUGUAGGUUGUUACGUAG